AUCCUGAUCCUGCAAACAUUUAAGCUGAAACAUUCCCAAUGAAGGUCCUGGAUUCCAAGGAGAUUUAAAAAGGGAGAGUUUUGAGAUCAACCAUGGAUCAUAAAACUGAGGAGAAACGAAAGCAGCACCAUAGCUUGACUUUGUUGGAACAAGUAAAGAGAAUGAAGGAAUCAACAGAGAUAGUUGAUGUUGUGCUAGUUGCAGAAGGUGAGAAAUUCCCCUGCCAUAAGGUGGUGCUGGCUGCCUUCAGUCCUUAUUUCAAAGCCAUGUUUACCUGUGGCUUGGCUGAGUGCACCCAAAGAGAAGUGGUGCUGUAUGACAUCUCGGCAGAGAGCGUGUCCGUAAUACUCCACUACAUGUACAGCGCGGAUUUGCACCUCACUAACCAGAAUGUGCAGACUGUUGCCCUGGCUGCGUAUUUCAUGCAGAUGGAAGAGGUUUGCAGUGUGUGUCAGAAGUACAUGACGGACCAUAUGGAUGCUUCCAACUGCGUGGGCAUUUACUACUUUGCAAAUCACAUUGGGGCGGAAGAUUUAUGUGAUCAAGCGAAGAAAUACCUGUAUCAGCACUUUGCUGAGGUGAGCUUACAGGAAGAAAUAUUAGAGAUUGAAGUCCAGCAGCUGUUGUCUCUCAUAAAAUCAGAUGACCUGAAUGUUUCCAGGGAGGAGAGCAUUCUGGACCUUGUCAUUAGAUGGGUAAACCACAGCAGAAAGUCACGGGUAGAGUACCUUAUUGAGCUCCUGAAGCAAGUGAGACUGGUGCUUGUCAGCCCAUCCUUUCUCAUGGAAGCCCGCAAAAGGAACACCAUGAUCCUGUGCAAUUCAGAAUGCAAUGAUAUGUUUGAGGAAGCGUUGAAAACCAUCAAGCUAGUCAGCCACCCUUCUCUCAGCCUGCGAUAUGGCAUGGAGACGACUGAUCUCUUACUCUGCAUCGGCAACAAUUCCCUUGGCAUUAGGUCAAGGCAUGGGAGCUAUGCAGAUGCCAGUUUUUGUUAUGCUCCUGCAACAAAAAAGACUUACUUCAUUUCCUCUCCAAAGUACGGAGAGGGCUUAGGAAGUGUUUGCACUGGUGUUGUCACUGAGAAUAAUGAUAUCAUUGUGGCAGGAGAGGCCAGCGCUGCCAAAAUGUCUAGACAAAAAAACAGGAACAUCGAAAUUUAUAGAUACCACCAGCGAGGAAACCAGUUUUGGCACAGCCUGUGCACCGCUCAGCUCCGUGAACUCUAUGCAUUGGGUACUGUCCAUAAUGAUCUCUAUGUAAUCGGAGGGCAAAUGAAAAUGAAAAAUCAAUACCAGGUCACCAACUGUGUGGAGAAGUAUUCCAUGGAGCAAGGUACCUGGAGAAGCACAGCACCUCUGCCAGUACCACUAGCCUGCCAUGUGGUGGUGACAAUGAAGAAUAAGCUGUACGUGCUGGGUGGCUGGACACCACAGAUGGAUCUGCCUGACGAUGAGCCGGAUCGAUUAAGUAACAGAAUGUUUCAGUACGACCCAGGCCAAGACAAAUGGACAGAGCGUGCACCAAUGAAGUACUCCAAAUACCGCUUCAGCGCUGCCGUGGCCAACAGUGAGAUUUAUGUCCUGGGAGGAAUUGGAUGCCUUGGUCGUGACAGGGGGCAGACACGGAACUGUCUUGAUGCAGUGGAGAUUUAUAACCCUGAUGGAGACUUCUGGAGGGAUGGACCUCCUAUGCCUUCUCCCCUCCUCUCCUUACGAACAAACUCUACCUGUGCAGGCUCAGUGGAAGGGAAGCUGUACCUCUGUGGAGGAUUUCAUGGAGCAGCUCGUCAUGAAGUCAUCACCAAGGAGAUCCUCGAGCUCGACACGUGGGAGAACCAGUGGAACGUGGUGGCCAUCAAUGUCCUUAUGCAUGACAGCUAUGAUGUCUGCCUUGUUGCGAGGCUGAACCCACGGGAUCUUAUCCCUCCUCCCCCUGAUUUAGUGGACCAAUAGAAGCUCAGUGACUCUCUGCUUCCAGAUUCUGCAGAAAUGGAAGAAUUUGGAGAAAUAAAUUCUGUGUUGGCUCUGGAUGACAGCUGAGCACCAUGGAGAGAAGCCUGCAACACAUGCUUAAGGACAGAGAUGCCUUUGAACUGAGCUUCUUGGACAAUGCUUAAUUUGCUAGUACUGGUACUUUUUUGAUCGAAAGCUGAGGUUGCCAUCCUCUGUGUGUCGCUCAGGCACACUGUCUCUUGGUCUUCCAUUUGGAUGUGCAAGCUCCAGUGUUUGGUGCAGCCUGGGCUUCUGGGACCUCUGCCUCGCAGGCAAGGGGGCAGCCCAGGGCUCACGUCACAGCAGAGCACCCCAUAGGAAGGAAAGCUCUAGCCAGGGAAAACCCUCUUUUGUUGUUCAGCCCACUGAGUUCUUCUAAGCUACCGAGGGGAUUAAGAAAUAUCUGAAGUCAGCUGGUGAAAACCAGUCCAGCUGUACCACAGUGACAGGCUAUUUGGCUGAUGUAGGAGUGGGGGGGAAGACAGAGAAGGGCAUUUGUUUAUUUAAACAAAAAAGCAUUAGUCAAGGUUUGUUAACCAAGUACAUCAGCUACUGCAAACAUUAUCUAACCCACAGCCAGGACAGUCAAGUAAUCCUUUCUUUGUCAGCAGAGCUGAGCCUGUGCUGGCAGAAAACUGGUCUUCUGGCAACAAGUCACAACUGAGUCUUCCAAAAGAGAUGGCUACCUUCUGUACCAAAGAGAAGAAGAAUCCUAAAUUUUCGCAUAGAUUCUACCUGUCAUGAGGCAGGACCACCUGGUCUUGUGUGACCAGAACCUUAAAGCUACAAAACCCUAGCUUUAGCAAAUGCUAAAAGAGUGAAUGAUAAAAUUACACAAGAAUGAUCACUGUCAGCAAGAAGUUGCUUUUAAGGUUGUAAAAGCAGUGACAAAACUGGAUGGAAAUAAUUGGCAAAGAAAUGAAGGAAUCCAUCAGGUACUUCAUCUGUAGUUACUAGCCUGUUUUGCAAUUCAGAGCACCUCCAUUUUCUUU